ACUUACACCUACAGUUUUAGUUCACCUGCACACACCACAGAGAAGGCACGGUAACUUACUGGAAAAUAUAUUUUGUCGAGCGAAAUACUAAUAGUAGAAACAUCGGGGGCACAUUUUUGACAGUAUCAACCCCAAAAUAUCUGCGAUGUCUUGGACGUACAUGUUAUCAUAUACAUCUAUCUUAAGUGCAGUUAUGUUCGGAGUCCGACCGCAAAUUGUGUCUCUGGAUUAUAUUCCUGAGAUUCUCCCCUAUGAGGCAAGCGGCAGGGUAACCAGCACUACCAUUGUGCUGGGCCAGCCUCUGUGCUACUUCAACACACUGACCCAGCUCAAAUGCAGUCAAAGCACCUGUCAAGUAUGGGCUGCCAUCGCCUCUGGACCAGGCAUCAACAACUUUGACAUUGACAAGCUGGUAGCAGUACAGAUCGUCAGUGCCUCUCCAUACCCUAUUGCCUUCAGCAGCCAGACUAAUAGAAUGUACUUUGUCACCAAAUUGGGUCGCCCUAAGGACUUCCCCUGUGCCCAGUUGCCUGGCAUCAAGUACUUCAGAGUAGGUGCGGAGGGCAACUGCACCAACACCAACUGCAAUGGGAUCCUACCUCCGGGUUCCACUGUCAGGGUGAAGUACAUCCUCAUUGAUCCAGUCUCCAGAGGAGUGGUCUCAGAGUCUAAAUGGUCAUAUCCCAUUUUUCUAACAUCAACGAGGUCCUGGUCCUCCAUAGAUGAGUGGACAGGGAAGCGCUCUGGGGGAAUGGUGGUCAUCACAGUGAUCUCUUCCUGUCUGCUGGCUGUCCUGCUACUGCUGCUGGGAGCUGUGCUCCUACUGGAUGGUUUGGGAUCAUUCCGUGGAGGCCAUGACAUCACCACUGGACCUGGGAUACUGGGACAAUACUCAUACUAACUUCCUCCACUCUCAGUACAGCACUCCUCAAGACAUUUCUGUGACCAUUGAUGUGGACACUUCACUGUGCAUCUAGCAGAGACCUAGGAUGGAAAGAUACAUAUGGUUAAACCUUAUGUUAAUGUUCUGAUGCCAUUUCUACAUGAACAUUGCCUUGCAAAAGUUUUCAGACCCCUUGGAUUUUUUCACAUAAUUUCUGUGUUACAAAGUGGGAUUAAAAUAUAUGUAAUUGUCA